CGCGCAUGCGCUCAGUGAACAAAAGGCUCUGUCGGAGCGAGCGCAGGUUAGAAACAGCAAAGAAUGUGUGUAGUGGAAUUUCAAACACAACAACAAGGGUUUCUGUCGCUCAGUCAAACUGCAGACACAUCAGUGAGUUUACACAUUGGGACAGGCCAGUCACCUCCUCUGUGUGUGAGAUGAGAUUCACUUACUGAGUCGAUCUGACAACGCACUAGUGAGUUCACCUUGGGGAGAGGUCAUUCACCUGUUCUGCAUGUGGGAGGGGAUCUAUUCUGUCAUCCAGCCUGAAGAUACAAAAUCAAGUUCACACCACAGUGAGAGGGUUCACCUGUUCUGACUGUAGGAAAUGAUUCAUUGUCAUCCAAGCUGACGAUACAUCAGAAAAUUCACACCAGUGAGAGGCUGUUCACCUGCUCCGUGUCUGAGAGUAGAUUCAGUCACUCAGCUGACCCACAGACAGACCAGCGAGUUCACAAGGGAGAGAGAUUUUUGAAUUGUUUCGUGUGUGGGAAGACAUUCACUGAGACAUCUGAUCUGUUGACAAAUGAACGAAUUCACCUUAGGGAGAGGCCAUUCCCCUGCUCAGACUCUGGGAAGGGAUUCUCUCAGUCAUUUCAACUGAAGGUACAUCAGUGAGUUCACACUGUUGAGAUGCCAUUCACCUGCUCAGACUGUGGGAAGAGAUUCACUCGGCCAUCUCAUCUAAAGGUACAUCAGCAAAUUCACACUGGGGAAAGGCCGUUCACCUGCUCAGACUGUGGGAAAGGAUUUAUUCGGUCAUUUCAACUGAAGGUACAUCAGCAAGUUCACACUGGGGAGAGGCCGUUCACCUGCUCAGACUGUGGGAAGGGAUUCACUCAUUCAUCCCACCUACAGACUCACCAGUCAGUUCACACUGGGGAGAGGCCAUUCACCUGCUCAUACUGUGGGAAGGGAUUCUCUCGAUCAUUUCAACUGAAGGCACACCAGCAAGUUCACACCGGAGAGAUGCCAUUCACCUGCCCAGACUGUGGGAAGGGAUUUUCUUACCCAUCUCAACUGAAGGCACAUCAGCAAGUUCACACUGGGGAGAAGCCAUUCACCUGCUCAGAAUGUGGGAAGGGAUUCUCUCAAUCAUCUCAACUGAAAGUACAUCAGCGAGUUCACACUGGGGAGAGACCAUUCACCUGCCCAGAGUGUGGGAAGGGAUUCACUCAGUCAUCCCAACUACUGGCACAUCAGUCAGUUCACACUGGAGAGAGGCCUUUCAUCUGCUCCGACUGUGGGAAGGGAUUUACUCUGUCAUCCCACCUACUGACACACCAGUCAGUUCACACUGGGGAGAGGCCAUUCACCUGCUCAGAAUGUGGGAAGGGAUUCUCGCAGUCAACUCAACUGAAGGUACAUCAGCGAGUUCAUACUGGGGAGAGACCGUUCACCUGCCCAGACUGUGGGAAGGGAUUCACUCAAUUACCUCAACUGAAGAUACAUCAGCAAGUUCACACUGGGGAGAGGCCGUUCACCUGCACAGACUGUGUGAAGGGAUUCACUCUGUCAUCCCACCUACUGGCACACCAGUCAGUUCACACUGGAGAGAUGCCUUUCACCUGCUCAGACUGUGGGAAGGGAUUUUCAUACUCAUCUCAACUGAAGGUACAUCAGCGGCUUCACACUGGGGAGAAGCCGUUCACCUGCUCAGACUGUGGGAAGCAAUUCACUCAGUCAUCUCAUCUGAAUGCACAUCAACGAGUUCAUACUGGGGAGAGGCCAUUCACCUGCUCUGAAUGUGGGAAGGGAUUCUCACGGUCAUCCAACCUUGUAAAACACUACCGAGUUCACACUGGGAAAAAGAUUUAAAUAAGCUGCUUGCUGGAUAUUUAACCAUUACAGUUGCUGAAUAUAGAGGCAAGUUCAAAAGUGACUGUUGACGUUGAACUCUGUAAUUAUUGCUGUUGCUCAUCACACCCAGUUCUGUACCCUGGUCACUGGGCAUGGGAGGAGUUUCUUCUGCCGAUGUUCACCUUUAAUGGGACUGGAGUUUCAUAUUCUGGAUCUGUGACUAAUAAAUCAGUUCUAUUUUAAACUCUGUCUCAAGUGCCUAGUGAAUCUACAUCAUGCCCAGUGUACAGUAGGGAGUCAACUCAGCCUAGCUGGUACUUGCCAGUGCUUCUGUUCCAUGACAGUCCUUUUAAAUCCAUCCCUGCUGCUCACCUUUCACUCUCCCUGUGGAGAUGGAUUCCAUAUAGUCACCACUCUCUGAAGAGAUUUCCCUUGAAUUUCCUGCAUGGCUUUCUGCUGACUGAUGAAGAAGACGAGUCUGAUGUGUUCCAUGUCCUGCAAAUCUCUGGACUGAGUAAGAAUAACAAAACCUCUUUAUUUCCUAUAGGAAGAGGCGCAGUCGACG